UUUCUCUCUGGCUAAAACCUCAUUCUGAGCUGUCUAAAGCCGUAAUUUCACCAACUCAGAAAGAUCUCUCUCUCUCUUCCCUGGUUGAUGCGCUGUGCUGCAGGAUCUCUUUUGUUGACCAUCACCGUCAGCUUAAACAAAAAAGCUGCUUAACUGUUUCUUUCUUCUUCUUCUUCUGCUGCUGCAAAAUCAGCCACUUCUCAUUUCACCUUUUUAACUCUUUCUAUAUAUCAACUUUUAGGGUUCUAACUGAAUUUCGACUUCAGAAUAGCAUUUGCAAACUUUCUUCUUCUUCUUAGUUCUUAGAAGCAGAGAUGACAAGUCGACUAAAAGAAGAUCAGAAAAAUGAACGAACUAUUCGAGGUCUUCUCAAACUUACACCGAAUCGAAGAUGCAUUAACUGCAACAGCAUGGGACCACAAUAUGUAUGCACAAAUUUCUGGACGUUUGUUUGCACAAACUGCAGUGGAAUACACCGGGAAUUUACUCAUCGAGUAAAAUCAAUCUCCAUGGCUAAAUUUACUGCACAAGAAGUUAGUGCACUUCAAGAAGGAGGAAAUCAGCGUGCAAAAGAAAUAUUUUUCAAAGAAUGGGAUGCGCAGACUCAUUCUUUACCUGAUAGCGGUAAUGUUGACAGGCUUCGGGACUUUAUCAAGCGUGUUUAUGUGGAUAGGAGAUUCACUGGCGACAGGUCCUAUGACAAACCUCCAAGAGUAAAGGGCGACAAGGAUGAUUCCUAUGACACCAGGAAGAUGGAGUCGUAUCAGGGAGGACCAAAAAGCCCUCCUUAUGAGGAUACAUAUGAACACCGUUACAGUGAUAGGUCUAGUUCAGGUGGAAGAAGUCCUGGAUAUGAUCAAGAAAGACAUUAUGCCGAUCAUAAGAGAAGCCCUGGCCGCCCUCCAAUAAUCAAUGACUGGCGCCGUGAAGAUAGAUUUGGAGAUGGACGGAAAUUCGAAGAUAAUCGUAUAACUGAUGGAGGUAAUAAGAUGGAAAGCCAAUCUCCGGAACGAGCCAAAGACCUGGGUUCUUCGAGCCCACCACCUGUUGUCCGGCCUGUUAGAGAAAUUUUGGGAGAAAAUGUAGUACCUCUGCGAAUUAGUGAACCUCCCAAAGCAAACAGUGGACAGGCUGCUAAUGGCUCAACACUCACACAGAGAACGGCAGCUUCCAGUAGCUCGGCAUCCAAUAAUGGAACCUCAUCAGAAGUUAAGCUGGAGACUAUCAGGAGCCUUAUUGAUUUUGAUGAUGUUCCUGAACCACCUAUUGCUCCAGUAAUUCCUCAAGCCACACAAACUACUGUGGCUCAAAUUGUGAACCCAACAAAUUCUGGUGAUAACAAUUGGGCCUCCUUUGAUGUUGCACCUGAGGUAAAAGUUUCUCAGGGCCUUUCAAAUGUAAAUCCACUCGAAUCGAUGCUGUCCCAGUUGUCAGUUCCAUCAUCUUUACCCGACCAAGUUUCUGGAGCCCAAGGUGGGCCUUUGGCGGGAUCAGCUCUUACUGCUACUGCCGGAGCUCCAACUGUGAACAGCUUCGCAACAUUCCCAUCCAGUUUUGCUUCAUUAGCAUCUUCUGGAUUGACAAUGGAAUCGCCUUUCAAUAAUGCACUUCCAUGGCCUAAUUUGCAGUAUCAGCAACAACAACCGUUGUUCACAUCUGCUGUUGGUCAGCCUACUAUUCAACAAUCUACACCACCAGUAGGUGGAGCUUUGAAUAACCAGGGGCAUCCAAGCACGCUAGUGCCUCAUUUCUCAAAGGUUGUCAAUGGGGAAAAAUCUAAUUUUGCGUCACAAACUUCUACUGUAGACACAAAACCAAGUGGAAGAAAUGAACUUCCUGAGGAUCUAUUCACUAUAAAAUAUUCAUCCUCCCCUGCUCCAGUCCCAGGCUGGCAAAUGGGUGCACCGCCUGGCAUGGGUGUCUCAGUUCAAUAUAAUAAUGUGAUGUCCAUGCCGAGUUUCCCACAACCAUCACAAUCUACAAAUCCAUUUGAUGUGAUCAACGAACCAACACCAGUUCAAGCCCCAACCUUUCCUUCUAUGUCAUCUUUGCAAGGUGCUCUGCCUACUGUAGCGCCUUCAGCUGCAGUAAACCCUUCAAACAUGGGUAAUCAAUCUCUUUCCUGGAAUCCACCCUCCUCGUUAUCAUAUGCACCAACGCUCCCUCCACAAGCACAUAUUCAUGCCUCAGCAAUGGGACCAAGGGCGUACAUGGGGCAACAACUUCCCACUAAUGUGCCAAUGCCAAGGCAUCAAGGAAUUGGGACUUUUGGUAAUGAGGGAGCUGCUUUUGGCUUCUCUAAUAUAGAUCAGCAACUGAAUGGUAGGUCGUCGGCCUCUGCUACUUUAAACCCCUUCCCUGCAGGAGGUAAUCCAUUCGGAUGAUCUUAAGAUUUUCUGCUCAGACUCUCUUUUUAAGCCAAGCAUCAAUUUGUUGCACCCCUGUACAAAUAUGGUUGAAGUUAUUUGUACCAUUCUUUAGUCGAGAGGAAACACUCAAGCAUAGAGAUUUAUAGUCGGUCAUCAUUCAAAUAUUUGUACCUUGCUUGUAAAUUAUUUGUUGUUAUAGGAAAGAUGAAGGCCAAAUAUCUGCCUGUCAAUGGGAGUCUUACAGUACUGAUAUGAUGAGCUGAUGAAUACGAGAAAGGAGUGCAGAAACCCUUUCGCCUGGACGAGCAAUUCUUUUAGAUGCAGCCUUGUGUUGUAGCGUCAGAUGCUUAAUAGUGUGUUAUGGUGAUCAUGGUUGUAUUUUUUUUUUCUUCCUGGUUGUAUUCCUGUAAUCUUAUUAUUUUGGUAAAGGUCUUUUCUAUCCCUGGAAGCAUGUUAAAUUAACUGUUUGGUGUCAUGAUUGAGUUCUAUACCACUAUAGGAUUACUGCAAUGUUUUUUAUAAUCGACUAGUGUUUGAUUUUUGUUUUCUUUUA